AUGCGGGCCCGGCUGCUGCGCGCCUGCCGCGAGGGCGUGAGGGCGGCGGGGCCGCCAUGGCGGGUCCUGUUCUUCGGCACCGACCGCUUCGCCGUGACCACCCUGCGAGCCCUGCGGGCCGCCGGGGAGCCCAGCGAGGACUCGCUCGUGUCCCGGCUGGAGGUGGUGACCCUGCCCUCCCGCCUGGCCCGGGACCUGCCCGUCAGGCGCUGUGCCAGGGAGCUCCAGCUGCCUGUGCACGAGUGGCCGCACACGGGACCCGCGGGGCAUUUUGAUGUGGGUGUGGUGGCAUCUUUUGGACGUCUUCUAAGCGAGGAGCUCAUUCUGCAGUUCCCAUAUGGGGUGCUGAAUGUCCAUCCCAGCUGUCUCCCACGAUGGCGUGGUCCUGCACCCAUAGUCCACACAGUGCUUCAUGGUGAUAAGGUGACUGGGGUGACAAUUAUGGAAAUAAGACCAAAAAGGUUUGAUGUAGGUCCAAUUAUUAAGCAAGAAGAGGUCGCUGUUCCUCCCCGCUGCACGGCACAGGAGCUGGAAGGGAUGUUGGCAAAGAUGGGGGCAAACAUGCUGUUAGCAGUUUUGAAGAACUUGCCCGAAAGUUUAAAAAAUAAAAAAGAGCAGCCAAAAGAAGGAGUAACAUUUGCUCCUAAAAUCUCUAUAGCGAAGAGUUGUAUAAAAUGGGAAGAGCAAAGAGCUGCACAAAUAAUUCAGCUGCAUCGUGCAAUAGGGAGUAUGUUUCCUUUGCAGACACUCUGGAAGGGUACUGCCAUUAAACUCCUGGAUUUUGUUGAAGUGGAUGAUAUCCCUGGUUUUUCUGAUCAAAUACAAAAUGACUGUGAAGUUGUUCCUGGUUCAGUGUUGUUCCAUAAAAUGUCCCAAACAUUGAUAGCUCGCUGCAAGGAAGGCUGGGUUGGAAUCAAAACAGUUGUUUUAAAGAAGAAGCUUACAGCAGUUGACUUCUACAAUGGAUAUAUGCACUCUUGGUUCCAGCAGAAUCCAAGAACAGUUCAUGGGGAAUGCAGAUUUCAAACACUCAAACUUAGCAUGGCAAAAAAGACUCUGAAAGAGAGGGGAAUAUUGGCACAGGAUAUAAAGCAAUAAAUGUAUUUUUUAAUGUCUGUAAGUUAAUAUAAAAUAUUUCAAAGCCCAACUAUAACAUUCAACUUAUUUAGGGUAUUUCUUCCCACAGUGUUUGAUCUUAUUGUCAUCUACAUGUUUUCAUGGUGGGUUCCUGAAGAUACUACUUCUCUUUUCCUGUUAAGGAAGAGAAUCUCCAUGAGUGCUGUAGAUAUUGAAUAAAUCCCUGUUUCCACUGUUGAGAAAUAAAUUUAUUUUUAUACAGUA